UAAAAGAUUUGCUCCUGGCAGAGAAAGAGAGAUCAGACAAGCCUCUAUUUUUGAGUUCAGUCCGACCACAGAAGUGUUUGAAAGAAUGUUAUGAGUUUUUCGUUGUUGCUGUGAGUUUCCUUUAUUGCAGUAAUCAUGAGUCUCGUGUUAAUUGCCGCCCUCGUGGUUGUCGUCGUUCUGAUAGUGUUUGGUGGUGUGGUUCUGUACUUUUGCUCAAAACGAAGGAAGGAUCAAAAUGCAGGCACAAACCCACCCUAUUCAGUGGCCAUGUCUAAUCACUUGUUCAAGGGUGAUAUUACGAAGAAUGAAUUGCCUUGCCUCAAUUGUCGUCUAAUCGAGAUGGGCGACAUGGCAUGCUAUCAAGAAUUGUGUCCACAAUGCGGACAAGAACCCCCUGGGAAAGGGGAAUAUUUGGAACAGCAGAAAUUCAGUCACCUUCAAAAGCUGGAGAAAGCCCAAAGCUUGGCCGCCGAGGAAAACGAGGAUGCCGCCUCGGAGGUGGCCCAAUGCUCCAAGUUUUUGAGCAAAUGCAAUGAGGGAAAGACCGAAAACCCCCCCUACGCGGUCUUGAAGAAUCAACAGGGUUCGGAUGAACCCAGCCAGACCGUGGAGAUGACAGAGAGCGGAGAGCGGAGAUCAAGUGUCAAAUAAGUGAUUUCAAAGAUGCUAAACGUUGCUUCAAAACGAGAGAGGAACAUAACCAUAUGUACAUACUACAAUGGAAUUGAAAGUACAUUUAUUAUGCGAUAUGAAACGCAGAAACUAUUCAUCGGAAGAGCCUCCGGUCUGUAAGAACUGCAUUCUCAUUGAACAAGGAACCAUGCCUUUUUAUGAGUGCGUUUGUCAACAGUGUGGAAAGGUUCCUCCAUACUGCCAAGAAACAAGUUAUAAAAGCCAAAAGUCACCACCCCGACGAGCUCGUCGAAAUGUCGCGGGUACCGCUGGAGCUCAGAAUUCUUCCAGAUCUCAUGACAUAGUGGAUGUAGGACCGCCUGAAGACCGAGACAGUCCCGUGGGGGCAGGCGACAAUAACACUCAAUAGACACACAUAGAUAAUUGGUCAAUUCCUUUCUUGUACACCCCAAUUGAUUGGUCGAUUCUACUGACCUUAGUACUUGUUACAUGCUUGGUGGAGUUUGGAAAUGUACACAUUGUACACGUGUAUUUAUUUAAACGGCUAUUCAUAUUUGUGAUAAUAAAACAUUGCGAUAAUUCGUG